GUCACCGCUCAGGAUGUGCGCAAAGAGAGCCCGUUGCUUUUCAAAUUCCGGGCCAAAUUCUACCCAGAAGACGUUGCGGAGGAGCUGAUACAAGACAUCACGCAGCGCCUUUUCUUCCUCCAAGUGAAGGAGGCCAUCUUGAACGAUGACAUCUACUGUCCCCCGGAGACGGCCGUUCUCCUGGCCUCUUAUGCGGUCCAGUCCAAAUACGGGGACUUCAACAAGGAGGUUCAUAAGCCCGGCUAUCUCACUACGGACAAACUGCUUCCUCAGAGAGUUUUGGAACAGCAUAAACUUAACAAGGAUCAGUGGGAAGAAAGAAUCCAGGUGUGGCAUGAGGAACAUCGGGGGAUGCUCAGAGAAGAUGCCAUCUUAGAAUACCUAAAAAUUGCACAAGAUCUGGAGAUGUACGGUGUGAACUACUUUAGCAUUAAGAACAAGAAAGGCUCAGAACUCUGGUUAGGAGUAGAUGCUCUUGGACUCAACAUUUAUGAACAGAACGACCGGCUAACACCCAAAAUUGGGUUCCCCUGGAGUGAGAUCAGAAACAUUUCCUUCAACGAUAAGAAGUUUGUCAUCAAGCCCAUUGACAAGAAGGCCCCGGAUUUUGUCUUCUACGCUCCCCGGCUAAGGAUUAACAAGCGCAUCCUGGCUCUGUGCAUGGGGAACCACGAGCUCUACAUGCGCAGGCGUAAACCGGACACCAUAGAGGUUCAGCAGAUGAAGGCCCAGGCCCGAGAGGAGAAGCAUCAGAAGCAGAUGGAGAGGGCUUUGCUGGAGAACGAGAAGAAGAAGAGGGAGAUGGCCGAGAAGGAGAAGGAAAAGAUUGAACGCGAGAAAGAAGAGCUGAUGGAGAAGCUCCGACAAAUUGAGGAGCAAACCAAGAAAGCUCAACAAGAGCUGGAGGAGCAAACGCGCAGGGCCCUGGAGCUGGAGCAGGAGAGGAAGCGAGCCCAGGAGGAGGCGGAGAAGCUGGCCAAGGAGCGGCAGGAAGCCGAGGAGGCCAAAGAAGCCUUGUUGAAAGCCUCCAACGACCAGAAGAAGACCCAGGAGCAGCUGACCAGCGAGAUGUUGGAACUCACCACCCGGAUCUCGCAGCUGGAAUUUGCGCAGCAGAAGAAGGAGAGCGAGGCGAUGCUGUGGCAGCAGAAAGCCCAGUUGGUCCAAGAAGACCUGGAGAGAACCAAGGAGGAGCUGAAGUCCGUCACCAGCACUCCGCACGUGUCUGAGCCAAUGCAGUCAGAGAAUGAGCACGAUGACGAGCAGGACGAGAACGCGGCGGAGGCCAGUGCGGAGCUGCGGGCGCACGCCUCCAUCAAGGACCGCAGCGAGGAGCAGCGCACCACCGAGGCGGAGAAGAACGAGCGGGUUCAGAAGCACCUGAAGGCUCUCACCUCCGAGUUGUCCAAUGCACGGGACGACACCAAGAAGACGGCCAACGACAUGAUCCACGCAGAGAACAUGCGCCAGGGCCGCGACAAGUACAAGACGCUCCGCCAGAUCCGUCAGGGCAACACCAAGCAGCGCAUCGAUGAAUUUGAGUCCAUGUAGUCAUUCCAGCCUCACCUGUAUCUCCCCCCAAUCCCCAUCCCUUCCCCCCCCCCCCCAAAUGCAAAUUUGCAAUGAUGCUGGAACCAUCCACUACCGGAGAGGGAUUAGAUCGGCCUCUUGGGCUGGUGUGCAAAACAGGACCAAACAGGAAGGAAAAGCAAACGCCCCUUGUGCCUUAUUGUUAUUACUGAGGUCUCCCAGCGGCCGGCCGGCCUCUAGCAGGGCUGGUUAGCUUAAGUGUCACUGUACUUUUUAUUGCUUAUAAGGAAAAUAUUAGUGCCGCCACGGCCGGUACCACUCAGCUGCCAGUGGAGCCGCUGCCUCGCCAGGGACCACUUCCCCCUCCUAGCCUCCCUUGCCCGGGUCUGGAGGGGCAGGGCCUUGCGGCGUCCUGUCCCUGCCGGGGCCUUGGCUUGUCCAGGUAGAUGCUCUGCUUGGGAAGAGGAGCCCCCCGAGGGCGAUGGCCGACGUGCCUUCUCCCCUCUUGGCGCCAAAGAGCAAAGCGCUGAGCGGACCAGGCCGGUCCCUCGGCGCGCCUUCCCUUCUCCAGGGGCUCCUGACUGAGGCUGUGGAACAGGGUCGGGGGCUCCUUGCCUCCUUGGGGGCAGGUUUGCUGCAGAACUCUCGUCUUCCCCAAAGGAAAAAGGCUGGCCGUUCCUUCGGCCCACCUUGCCAAAGCCUUUCAGAGGUUUCGGGUCAGCCGGAAACCUCAAGCGGCAGCCCUGGAGGGCCUGCCUCCCCUGUGCCUGGGCCCACGGAGAAGCCCGAUGGUGCCUUAAUGACCCCCCCCCCACCUUUCCCUCCUCCAGUUGUGCAUCUUCUCAGUUCCAGGAAUGCAAAACCAAAAAUACUUUACACGAAGGUGUGUUUUGUGGGUUAAUCUCCGUGCUGCCAGCCGUUCCACUGUUAGGAGGGGGGAGCUUUGGUUUUGAAAAGGUCUCCUUUGGGCUGCUUCCUCUUCUCCUGGAAGGGCGAGCGGCCCCCCCUUGGCAGAACCCUCCCUGGGGGGGGUGUCUCCUGGUCUGCGGCAGAAGCGGUGGGGGGGCGGGACCAUGGGUGGGUCUCUCGGGCGGUUGAGCUGCUUGGCUCUUGGAAAGGAGCCCCCUUCUUGGAUGGCCCUGGGCUGCCCGGCGAAGGUCCCGGGAGGUGAGUGGGGCCUUCUGCCUCCUCCCCCAAACUCCAUUAAGAAUGGCCCCGUCUGCAGGAAAGCCACCCCCCACCCCCCCAAAAAACCCCAUUCGGAUAUUUUCCUACUGUUUUGGCCUUUUUCUGCCUCCCUCCUGCACGCACACACACAGGCACACACGCACACACACACACACACGCCCAACCCCAGCUUGCAUUUAUC